UGGCCUCACCAGCAUGAGCCGCCAAUUCACCUGCAAGUCGGGGGCUGCCGCCAAGGGGGGCUUCAGUGGCUGCUCGGCAGUCCUCUCGGGGGUUAGCUCAUCCUCCUACCGGGCAGCGGGCAAAGGGCUCAGUGGGGGCUUCGGAAGUCAGAGCCUCUACAACCUGGGGGACACCCAGAGCAUCUCCCUCAAUGUGGCCUGUGACAGUGGAUGGGCAGGGGGCUAUGGAUUUGGCCGGGGCCGGGCCAGUGGCUUUGCUGGAAGCAUGUUUGGCAGUGUGGCCCUGGGUCCUGUGUGCCCGACUGUGUGCCUGCCGGGGGGCAUCCACCAGGUCACCAUCAACAAGAGCCUCCUGACCCCCCUCAACGUGGAGCUGGACCCCAAGAUUCAGAAAGUGCGAGCCCAGGAGCGGGAGCAGAUCAAGGCUCUGAACAAUAAGUUUGUCUCCUUCAUCGACAAGGUGUGUUUCCUGGAGCAGCAGAACCAGGUGCUGGAGACCAAGUGGGAGCUGCUGCAGCAGCUGGACCUGAACAACUGCAGGAAGAAUCUGGAGCCCAUCCUUGAGGGCUACAUCAGCAACCUGCGGAAGCAGCUGGAAACGCUGUCCGGGGACAGGGUGAGGCUGGACUCGGAGCUGAGGAGCGUGCGGGACGUGGUGGAGGACUACAAGAAGCGGUAUGAGGAGGAAAUAAACAAGCGCACAACUGCUGAGAAUGAAUUUGUGGUGCUUAAGAAGGAUGUGGACACGGCUUACAUGAGCAAGGUGGAGCCUCACGUCAAGGUGGAUGCCCUGGAUGAAGAAAUGAAGUUCUUCAAGGGCCUGUAUGAGGAGGAGAUUGCUCAGAUCCAGUCCCACAUCAGUGACACAUCUGUCAUCCUGUCCAUGGACAAUAACCGCAGCCUGGACCUGGACAGCAUCAUCGCCGAGGUCCGCGCCCAGUACGAGGAGAUAGCCCAGAGGAGCAAGGCCGAGGCCAAGGCCCUGUACCAGACCAAGUUCCAGGAGCUCCAGCUGGCAGCUGGCCAGCAUGGGGAUGACCUCAAACACACCAAGAACGAGAUCUCAGAACUGACCCGGCUCACCCAAAGGCUGCGCUCGGAGAUCGAGAGUGUGAAGAAGCAGUGCUCCAACCUGGAGAUGGCCAUCACCGAUGCCGAGCAGCGGGGCGACUGUGCCCUGAAGGAUGCCCGGGCCAAGCUGGAUGAGCUGGAGGCCGCCCUGCACCAGGCCAAGGAGGAGCUGGCCCGGAUGCUGCGGGAGCAUCAGGAGCUCAUGAGCACAAAGCUGGCCCUGGACAUAGAGAUUGUCACCUACCGCAAGCUGCUGGAGGGCGAGGAGAGCCGGAUGUCUGGAGAAUACACCAAUUCUGUGAGCGUCUCGGUCCUCAGCAGCUCCACGGCCGGGACCACAGGCGCGGGGACCGGCUUUGGGCUCAGUGGUGCUGGAGUCUGUGGCUACUGGCCUGGCUCUGUCAGCAGGGGCUACAGCAUGCUGUCUGGGGGCUGUGUCACUGGCAGUGGGAACUGCAGCCCCUGGCGGGAGGUCAGAACCAGGCUGGGCAGUGCCAGUGAAUUCAGUGAUCUCCUUGGGAAGACCUCAGCUCUGCCCACCAAGAAAACCAUGAGAUAAGGUGGGAGACAGCCCAUUUCCUGAAGCUGUCCGCCUGGCCCUGGUUUCCUCUGGACUCCCUUCUCCAGAAAGUCCUCUGUCACAUUUAUUAUUAUCUCCCUUUUACUUUUCUUUGCCUCUGUCAUUUCCUCUCUUUACUUCUCUGCUUUAGUCUUUCUUCGUCUAGACUCAGGAUUCUAGCCCAUCCUUCUGGCUCCAUACCAAAACCUCUUAACUCAGUCUCCUCUUCCUGAAGCAUUGUGAAGGAGGAAGACGCAACCCUUUAUCUGGCCUGCAUGCCCCCUUGAAGAAGAAGGUUUUCUCUCAGGGUAACCCCAAUCUUCCCUUCCUGCAGCCCCUCCCAUGCCCUGGCUUAGGAGCUGAUUGCUCAUGUGCUCCACGGGUACGUGAGACUGCAUGUCUACUGUCUCCUAUUAGAGCAACAUCAGCUCAGUGAAACACCUGGCUAUAGGUUAUAUGUUACAUGGCACCUGAAUGUAUACAGAGCUGGGAGCAGCUCUGCAGAUGUGUCCUAUCACCAAAGGGAUUUGUGCCCUCAAUAUGUGAGAGCUUGUCUUCAUUCAGGCCUCACUUCCCUGCUUCUGUGUCUCACCAAUAAACUUA